CCCGCGCUGUGUCUUAUAUUUUACUCUCAUCAUCAUCAUCUCACUUUCCUCCAUUUCCCUAAACCACACAAAAUGCAACGCAAUCACAUCGCCGCCGCAGCGCCACCACUAACCACCGCAAGCGGCGACACCACCACCGCAACCGACGCUAAGCGCGGGAAAAGACGCGGCAGUUACAACUGCGGCCGAUGCGGUCAACCGAAGAAGGGUCACGUCUGCAACAUCAAGACCCCUGUCGCAGUCUCCGACACCGCCGCUACUCCUACCGAUUCAUCUCUCUCGGCGAUUUCCGCGCCGUCCUCGGCUGCUUCCGCGCUCCGUCAGCCGCCGCCGUCGCGGUUAUGCCGCGCGCUAUCGUUCGACGAUCUUGUCGAUCGUGGCGCUGGCGGGGUCGAUCUGGUGGAGCCGGAUGAGGUGGCGGAUGGAGAUUCGUUUCACGAGGAGGAUCUGGAUAUGGAUCUGGAUAUUGACCCGUGCGGGUUGCCGGUGAGUCUUAUGUGGGAGGUGAUGAGGAGGCUGCCUCCGGCGGGGUUGUUGGCGGCGGCGAGGGUGUGUAGAGGUUGGAGGGAGACGGCGAAGAGGCUUUGGAAGGCGGCGGAGGAGCUGAAACUUAGGGUUCCAGCGAAUGUGCAAGUCGGAUUCGUCGCGUCCAUGUUGCAGAAAUGUCCAGGGAUUGUGAGGCUCUCUCUUCGAAUGGAAAGUGAUUUCGAUUCGACGAUGCUGGCUUGCAUUGCGUUCUCAUGCCCUAAUUUGGAAUGUAUGGAGAUCUGUAUAUUUGAUACUGCGACGAAUCGGAUCAAUGGGGAUGAGUUAAGCCGAUUUGUUGCGGAUAAAAGAAGCCUCAAAAGCCUCAAGAUGGAAGGCUGUUCGAAUCUGGGGGGUUUUGCCCUCUGUUCGUCUAGUCUUUCUACACUUUGGCUCUCUGAUCUGCACUCUCUUUCUAAGAUGGUAUUUAACUGUCCCCAGUUGAGAGAGAUUUCCUUGGAGUUUUCUUCCCAAGAUGAUGAUGGUACUGAUCUCAUAACAAUGAUUGAAAGUUUGGGAAGAAGCUGCUUGAAAUUGCAAAACAUACAUAUAGCUUCAGUGCGGCUUUCUCAUGCUGCUGUGCUUGCUCUUACAGCUGCUCAGUUGAGGGGUCUGCGAAUGCUCUCUCUGGUUCUUGGAUCUGAAAUUACUGAUGCAUCUGUUGCUGCAAUUGCGUCAAGCUAUCCAAAUCUAGAAUUGCUUGAUCUCAGUGGAUCUGGCAUAAGUGACAGCGGAAUUGGAAUGAUUUGCAAUGUGUUCCCUGAAACACUUGCCAGACUCCUCCUCGCGCUUUGCCCAAAUGUUACUUCAAGUGGCAUUCAGUUUGCUACAGCUCAGUUACCGCUCCUUGAACUUAUGGACUGUGGCAUGACUAUAUGUGAUCCUAAUUCCUUAAAUUUGCCUGCUGAUGAAAAUGACGAAUCUCAGAAAACAUCCAGCACUAAUCUCCACCUCAUAAACCAAAAGCUGAUCAUCAAGCAUAGCCGUUUAAAGAAACUCAGUUUGUGGGGUUGUACUUCUUUGGAUGGUCUAUACUUAAACUGCCCACAACUCAAUGAUCUCAAUCUAAAUUCUUGUAGGAAUUUGAUUCCAGAGAGGCUGCUUCUUCAGUGUCCCACUUUAGAAAAUGUGCAUGCAUCAGGUUGUCAGGAUAUGUUAGUCGAGGCUAUCCAAAGUCAGGUCCGGGAUGCAUGUUCUUCUAUGGAAAACCAAUCUCCUUCUAAACGUCUACCUGAUGGCUCUAAAAGGGUUCGGGUUCCUUAUUCACUUAGCAGUGAGACACCUGAACCUGAAAAAAAGCGUAGGAGGGUGGAUAGAAGGCUUUGCAAUGUGCUAGUGGAUCCCCCUUGAGACUGAUUGUACUGUAUACAUGUGCAGUAUCUCUUGUAUGUUUACAAUAAUCAAAAUUCUAGAUGUAUUAUCUAUAUCCCCUAGCUACCAAACAGGUCAUAGUUUUUCAAGCUAGGCUCUCAAACUGUUCAUCUUGUCGCCAAGAGAUGUUCAUGGUUAGCAAUGUUGUUAUUUGAACUUUGGAUGACUACCUCAUUUUUUAAUAAAAAAUUUAUGGGGCCAUCGCCUACAUAAAUGUUCACAGA